AUGGCGCCCGCGUCAGCUGGAUCCCUGGCACAUGCACUGCGAGUCUUGCUGCCGGUCAGCUUCGAAGAGAUGGCGCUGCCAAAGCCGGAGCCUGUCGAUGAUUUCUGGGUCAAGGAGACCAAAGGCUACGAUCUCAGUCCCUAUGCAGACGAGUUGCCGCUCUGCGAGGAUCUUGACCCCGGCAUGGUGGGGAAUGGUGGCUCGUGCUGGAGCACCUGUCAAGGGCAGUGCCCAAACGACGUACUGAAGCCUGGGCUGGCUUUCGAUUUCGACGAGAUCAGACCCGGACAUCCAGGAUGCACCUCCCAUUUCGAGUGUGUCGGAAAUUUCGAUCGGGUGCUUUGCCAUGCUGUGCGGGCAAUGGAU